AUGAACCGAAGAGCGGUGUUGGACUGGCCCUCGGGCCCACACUUAUUCCUUCAUAAGUAUGAACGAAUCAGUGUCCCUACAUGCACCAGCUGCCUUCCCAUAAAAAACCGUUGCUUCUUAGCUCCGGCAGGACGCCUUGUGUCCACAUCCUCCGUUAGGCGGCAGGAUGGUGAAACGCCUCCAGAGCAGAAUGAUUAUCAGAGACAGCUGGGUCACAGGGCUAGGGAGAAGUUGGCGGAUAAGGACUUUUUCUUCAGCCUGCUAAGCUCUGCAUCAACAAAAAGAGAAGCUCAGUCGUAUCUUUCACGCUUCAAAUAUCAGGUGCCAGCUCCCGGAAAGCCGAAGCAGCAGGACGCUAAUACCAAUGCCCUGGGCGGGGUAGACGCAAAUAUCGUCGGGUUAGGGGCAAAUCUGGGAGAUGCGGUGUCUGGUGUAGCGAGAGCUACGCAUAAUCUUCCGGUGUUGAGACAGGACUCUACGCCCCAGAUAUCACCACUACUAGAAAUGAAUCGAGAGCCACUGCACAUCGCUCUAGUCAAGAUUCGGGAACCUCAGCUCCUGGAGGACAACACGCUCAAAGGGGUUGGAAGAACAUUGUCACAGCUCGCCAUGCUGGGGAUGGGUUGUUGUGUCGUGCUUGAUCCCGCACUGCCCGAAAAUGACUCCUCGUGGAGAAGACGUGCAAUUGAACAGGCAGACCGUGUGUCAGCUGCAAUUGACGCAAGUGACAAUGGUUUAGACUCCCAACGACUGGAUGAUGUCAUACGCUUGGCGCCUUCAAAUGAGAAUGCUGUUUCUGUGCUUUCAAGGGAUCAACUUCUUUCUCCUUUACGGCGUGGAAGAAUUGUUGUUAUUCCGCCUAUUGGUUACACAGAGGAUACCCUUACAGGAGUUGCUGUUCCAGCGGAUGAUGUUGUAUUGGCAUUAACUAAGGAAUUUACGGGAUUGAGUGUCAAACCUAGCCAAGGUGAUAACCCCCAUGAGCUGGCGCGGAAGGUUUCAGAGCUCCAAAAGGAAGUCUCUGUUGACAGGCUUAUUGUGUUGGAUCCGGCAGGUGGUAUACCGUCACUCAAACGGCGCACGAAAGCGCACGUUUUCGUGAAUUUGGAGCAGGAAUAUGAAGAGAUUAGCGAGGAGUUAAAGUUAGGGAUGGCCACAAACGAAGACACGAAUGAUAAGCGUGUGGGGGAGCGACAAUCAGUAUCAUCGUUGGCGAAAUCCAAUCCCUUUUCAACGUUGGUAGAAAAAGAAGCUGUGUCGUUACGCAGUGAGCUAGGUCUUGCAUCGAAUCGAGAUACCUCCCAAUCCCCAAAUCUUCAGAGGCACCUCGACAAUUUGAAGCUUCUACAUGGCACCCUAACCUACCUACCACCGUCCUCAUCUGGCAUCAUCACAACGCCCCAAGAUGCAGCGAACUCCGCAAGCCCACCUCGGGACCCAUCAGAGCUAUCCUCUGUUGGCACCCGACGACAGCGGAAUCCUCUGAUUCACAAUCUACUUACCGAUAAGCCCAGCCAUUCCGCUUCACUUCCAGCGGGAAGGCUGGGUGCAAACAACGGCUCUUCAUCCUACAAUACAACCCCAGUGAUUCACUCAACAUUUUUCAAAAAGGGCAUGCCGCUAACCCUAUUUCCUGACCCGCGUAUCCAGAUCUGGGAGCCUCCCAAAAAUGGAGAAUCCCGGAUGACGCUUAAUGAUCCAUGCAUCGACCUACCUCGACUCGUCCAAUUAAUCGAAGACUCGUUUAACAGGAAAUUAGACGUGCAACACUACCUCAACCGCGUGAAUGAUCACCUAGCCGGACUCAUCAUCGCAGGCGAGUAUGAAGGCGGAGCCAUCUUAACCUGGGAACUACCACCCGGCGUGCCCAAUGACGGAAGCGAAGCAAGCCGAUCGCGAAUGGUUCCGUAUCUAGAUAAAUUUGCUGUUCUUAAACGCAGCCAGGGGGCGGGUGGCGUGGCGGAUAUCGUGUUUAACGCCAUGGUUCGAACCUGUUUACGCAAGGGUGUCGCCUGGCGGAGCCGUCGUGAUAAUCCGGUGAAUAAGUGGUAUUUUGAGCGGGCAAGGGGGACGUGGAAGCUCCCUGGGACGAACUGGACGAUGUUCUGGACGACUGAUGGGGUACCAGAGAACGAUAGGGUGUUUUGGGAUUAUGAAGCGGUUUGUCGGCAUAUUGAGCCUAGUUGGGCGGAUAAUAAACAUGUUGCUGAUUGA